AUGAUCACACUUGAUGAUAUUAUUUUUUCAAAAGAUCUUGAAAAUUUUUUUAAAAAAUUAGUAAGAAAUAAUGAUAUUAUAAAACAAAUAAGGAAUUUUAACCCUUUAAAAUUUGAACUGGUUGAAGGAUAUUUACAAGAUCCUAAGGUAAUACAUGAACUAGAAAAGUAUGGAAGAAAAAGUAUAUUAGAAAGGUAUUAUAAUAAUAAGAAAUAA